AUGCCAUAUUCCGAAGCAGCUUCAAGCACACGAUGGCACUCUUUCCUAAUUACAGGAUUGUCAAUAUUCAUCUGUCUAUCCAUCUUCCGACUGAUUACACCCGAUACACUUAAUGGACGUCCGUCGGGUCCUGAAUAUCUAGGACUCUCCGGGCAGCAUUUUCACCCAAUUGAUCGACUGGUGUUCGCUGCCCAGAACCGACUCCAUUACCUUCUUUCUCGGCAGAGUCACAAUGUCACCAGUGCAGCCGACCGCUAUCGCCUUCGUCGCGGCCGUCAUCCUCCGCCUGGCUUUGACCAAUGGUUUGAAUUCGCACAGGCCCACAAUGCUGUCGUUAUAGAGGAAUUUUUCGACCAGAUCUAUGGUGAUCUGAGUCCAUACUGGGGAGUCGAACCGGCCGACAUGCGUCGUCAGGCGAGUGGCUUUGCUCCGCGUAUCACUGUUCGGGACCAUGUGUCCAGCACCACUGCAGAUGUUGAAAACAGCGACCGACUAUAUUCAUGGCACAGCCUGAUCUCCACUCUCCAAGACUACCUGCCGGACAUGGAUAUUCCAGUCAAUACUAUGGAUGAGCCUCGGGUAAUCAUACCCUGGGAGACAAAGCCACGCUACGUGCUGAAGGAUUACGAAAGUCAGCGAGUUUGGAGCACCGAGAAUGUCAUCUCGGAGUACAUGCCACUGCCCAACCCAAGCAUAAUGCAGCCAAAACCGUAUUAUCCUCCAAUCGUUGACAUAACGCCUAUCAGCUUCUGGGAGGUGGUGCGGCUUGGCUGCCCGUCCGAUAGCCAGCCCCGGAGUGGUUCGCUUCCCCAGAUUGACUUCUCCAACCCUCCCUCAGAGCUCAACAAUUAUCUUCAAAUGCUACAAGACGGCUAUGUCAGUAACUGGCCUCGGUCCAAAGACCCAUGCGCCCGGCCUGAGCUACAGGUGCUGCAUGGUACGUUUAUUGAACCGAACGCCGCCUCGGUUACCCAGGAGCUCUUCCCUCUAUUUGGUGGCUCAAAGCUGUCGGUCGGCAAUGAGAUCCUACUUCCCUCAUCCAACGAUUGGGCAAGUGAGGAUGUCUUCCCCUCCAGACAAGGAAGCGAGCUGGACUGGAAUCUGAAGAAGGGAACGGUCUUCUGGCGCGGACCAGCAACUGGUGGCCGCAAUCGCGAGGAGAAUUGGACGGGAUUUCACCGACAUCGCUUCGUUUCGAUGAUGAACGCAUCAACGGUCGAGCAGGCAGAUAUGGGCAGAUCCUACUUGAACUUCAGACUCCCAAGCUAUCAGCAUUACCGCCUCGCUGCUGGCAUCGAAGGCGAGCUUCCCGAAUACCUGGCCAACCACACCGAUGUCGCGUUUACACAUCUUGCUUGCGACGGCGUCGACAUCUCAGACCCGCAUUGUUCAUACACGGAUGACUAUUUCUCACUAGCCGAAGACGUUCCGCUGGCCAAACAGUCCAACCACAAAUUCCUAGCCGAUCUCGAUGGCGACUCCAGCAGUGACCGGCUUCGCCAACUCCUGCUCUCCACGUCCCUUCCCAUUAAGUCGACGGUGUACAGUGAAUGGCACGAUUCGCGUCUGGUUCCCUGGGCGCAUUUCAUUCCCAUGGAUUCCACUUAUAUGGACGUUUACGGGAUUAUGGAGUACCUCCUUGGAUAUGGCGAUGACGAGGGUCAUGAUUCGACAGCAGAGAGGAUAGCACUGAACGGCAAACGCUGGGCCGAGAAAGUUCUUCGCAAAGAGGACAUGCAGAUCUACGUGUAUCGACUUCUGCUGGAGUAUGCGCGAGUCUGCGAUGAUCGGCGGGAGUUUCUCGGGUACGUGGCUGAUCUCUGGUAG